CCAAUUCUCUUCGUUUCACCCACCCCUUUUUCGCCUCUUCCGUUUCCAGGUUUUCAUGGCAUGACGAUAUGGGAGUCAGAACUCGACCUUCGCGUGCCCACCGCACGCACCCGGGCAUCCUUGCCUGCGGCCUGUUCUUGGUCCUCAGCGCGCUCUACCUCGCGCGGGGCCUGCUCUACGACGCCUACACGCUGGCCGCGCUGCCCUUGAUCUGGAGCCGCCACGCGGACCGCUUCUACAUCUCGGCCGAGCGCGACGGCUUCGACCUCACCUUCGCCAACUACAGCGUCCACCAGACCAGCGCCGCCCCGCUGCCCGACCGCGUCCCGCCCGUGCUGCACCACAUCUCGCUCGGCUCCGGCGCCGCCACGCACUCGAAAUGGUCCGAGGUGCGCCAGAGCUGCCUCGACAUGCACCCCGACUGGGACGCGUUCCUCUGGACCGACGAGACGGCCGACGCGCUCGUCGCCGCCGACUUCCCCGAGCUGUACGAGAUGUGGACGACGUACCGCUACCCGAUUCAGAGGAUUGACGCGCUGCGCUACAUGGUUCUGUACAAGUAUGGAGGCGUCGUCUUGGAUAUGGACUUGCAGUGCAAGCGAGGCUUUGGGCCGCUACGACGGUUCGAAUUUGUCGCUCCCGCCGCCCACCCGACCGGCUUCUCGAUCGGCUUCAUGAUGGCGAGCAAGGGCAACGAGUACAUCGGCAAGCUGGUACAGAACCUGCGGCGAUAUAACCGCAACUGGCUGGGCCUGCCGUACCCGACCGUGAUGUUCAGCACCGGGUGUCAUUACGCAUCCACGAUCCACGCCUUCCAGCGCAACCGCACCGAGCUCAAGAUCCUCGCCGGCCCGCCCGGCAACCGCCGCAUGCACAGCCUCAACGGGCCCGUCUCGACGCCCAUCUUCAACCACCUCGGCAGCUCGUCGUGGCACUCGUACGACGCCGCCAUGAUCGUCUCGCUGGGCAAGAGCCACGGCUGGAAGGCCCCGCUCGGCUUGAUCGUCGGCGUAGCGCUCGCCUUCUAUAUCGUGAGGCGCACCAAGAAGAGGAGGAUAUAGCCCGCCUGCCUGCCUACCUGGCGUGUUCCGUUCUGUGUUGUGUAUUUUGUGCGACCUUUGUUUUCACGAGGAUACUACCGUGCCCGAAGAAGCGUUGGUUGGGCUUGGUUGGGCUGGGUGGGCAAUGCCGGGGUUUCCAAGCUGGGCGUUUUGAGGCGUUUCCGUGGCGGAUAGACCAUCUACCAUCUACACGCUCGCUACGAUUGUUUUUGCGGGCGGAAUGUCUGGCCGAAUGUCAGGCCGGAGGGGGGAAGUGGAAUUUUCUUUCUCCCCUGUCGUUUUCCUUUUUGGGUUGUUGCUGGAGGAUAUAUUUUGGCUAGCCGGGCUAGCGUAAUGUUUAAUGCCAUCUGUCAUGAAUCACUUGUCAUGACAUUUCCCUCCGCU